AAAAAAUAAAAAUAGAAUUCUUGUCGUCUUGUCUGCUAUGGAGGAGAGUUUCUGAUUAAAAAAAACCUUGCCACUCGAAACUCACGUUUGUUCAAUUAGGUUUUUCUGGGAUCAUUUUUUGUCUGUCGAAGUUAUACGAAGAGGAACUUCGAUACCUUAUUACCAUUAUAGUUACGACCACUUUUCAUCGAGGCCUCAGUAUCUCAUUCUUGGAGUUGAGUUAAUUUCUUCAUUUUGCUGUAACUUUUAAUGUCUUCUGAAUUAUUUGAAUUUGAUAACUCAUUUUUCUUCGAUUUAGUUUCCCCAUUAACAGAUAUUCCCAUUUACCCCCAUAGCCAUGAAAUUCUUCAAGAAAAUCCCAACGUUUUGAUCCAAGAAAAUACCCUAUCAUUUGAUGAAACCAAUACUUUGAACCAAAUUUCCCGUACCCUUCUUUCAUCUUCACCUACCAGUACUGUCAAUCUUGAGAAUCAAUCAUUAUCCCACUUCGGAAAUGAGGAGUGCUCUGUGAAGAAAGAGAAGUACAGAAUCCCUUUGGUGGACAAUUUUGGAAAUUCAGUUAUGGCUGAGAGUUAUGAGAAGUCCCUGCAGAGGAGUUCUAGUAGUAAUUCUCACGAUGGGAAACCGAAUUUACUGUUUUACCCUCCUGGAUUUGAUGGCAGUUUGGUGGAGUCUCAGAGUUUGCACGAAAAUGUCUUGAAUUCACCAGAUAGUGACUUUUCAUAUGGUCAAAUCAGAAGGGAUUGUAGCACUGGAUAUUUACAAAAGAUGAAAACAAACACGCAAACAAGAAAUGCGUUGUCCUCUAGUCCACUGUCCACAGAGAGAUCAUUCAUGGAGGAACCAAAUUUUAAAGUUAGGAGAUACAGUGCAGAAGAGAGGAGAGAAAGGAUUCAUAGGUACAGAGCAAAAAGGACACAAAGAAACUUCAACAAGACAAUAAAGUAUGCUUGUCGUAAGACCCUAGCUGAUAAUCGACUAAGGGUACACGGCAGAUUUGCAAGGAAUGAUGAAGGUGGAGAGAUUCCUAAGGCAUCGAUGUUUAAUAGACAUGAAGAUGAUGAUGGUCUUUGGCUCGAUAGAAUUCUUGAAGAAGAUGAUGAAGGAAUUAUCGGGGGAGGCUCGUCUUUUGACAGAUUUGGUUCAUCAAAGUAUCAGAACUAUAGCUAUCAAUGCUGAAGUUGCUCAUGGAAAAAAUGUAGUAGGACGAUCAAGUACAGUUCACCAUUAAGGCAUUUUGGAAGCAAAAGAAAAGCAGAAGGCUUAUUUCAAUAUAGUAGAUUUAAAUUUAAGCAGUUGUUUUUAUUUUUUAUUUUUCUUUAUAUUCUCUUUUGAAUUAU